ACUCGUCACCAUGAAGCUCCUGGUCUUGUGUUCACUGGUAGCUGCGGCUGCCGCCUGGCCAAGCAGCGGUCUGGAUGAGUUCCAGAGUGAUGUCUCGGGUGCGACCUUAGCCAAGAGACAGCAAGACGUCAACCACCUGCUCGACUACAUCUAUGACCACCUUCACUAUGCUGACUUGAAGACCAUCGCCGGGACCUUCUCCCCUGAGGCUGACACCUCCCUCUACACUGAUGCUGGCGCAGCCGCCCAUGUCCUUAUGGAGGAGCUCAGGGACGGCAGGCUGUUGGAGCAGCGCCAUUGGUUCUCACUUUUUAAUACUCGCCAACGUGAAGAAGCUCUCAUGCUCUUUGAAGUUCUGAUUCACUGUAAAACGUGGGAGGGCUUCAUUAACAACGCUGCUUACUUCCGUGAGCGCGUGAAUGAAGGAGAGUUUGUGUACGCACUCUAUGUGGCUGUCAUCCACUCAGAUCUGGGACAUGGCAUUGUACUUCCUCCACUCUACGAAGUCACUCCUCACCUGUUCACCAACAGUGAAGUCAUCAACAAGGCUUACUCAGCCAAGAUGACUCAGACACCAGGCAAAUUCAAAAUGGAUUUCACCGGAACAAAGAAAAAUAAGGAACAGCGAGUGGCAUACUUCGGCGAGGAUAUUGGCAUGAACAUUCACCACGUUACUUGGCAUAUGGACUUCCCCUUCUGGUGGAAGGACUCCUACGGCUACCACCUGGACCGCAAGGGAGAGCUCUUCUUCUGGGUUCACCACCAACUUACUGCUCGCUUUGACUCUGAGCGUCUCUCCAACUGGCUGGAUGUUGUUGAUGAAAUACACUGGGAAAAGGUUAUUCACGAAGGAUUUGCUCCACAUACCAGCUACAAGUAUGGCGGAGAGUUCCCAGCUCGUCCUGACAACGUUCACUUCGAAGACGUUGAUGGUGUAGCUAGAGUGCGUGACAUGGUUAUCUUAGAGAGCCGCAUUCGCGACGCCAUUGCUCUUGGCUACAUCACCGACAAAAGUGGAAACCAUAUUGACAUCAGAAACGAGCACGGCAUCGACCUACUAGGAGACAUCAUUGAAUCUUCAGUGUACAGCCCCAACGCGCAAUAUUACGGAGCCCUGCACAAUACAGCUCACAUAAUGCUUGGUCGCCAAGGUGAUCCUCACGGCAAGUUCGACAUGCCUCCAGGUGUCAUGGAACACUUCGAGACAGCGACCCGUGACCCAAGCUUCUUUAGACUUCACAAAUACAUGGAUAACAUUUUCAAGGAACACAAAGACAGCCUUCCUCCCUACACCAAAGAGGACAUCGCAUUCCCUGGAGUAGUCUUGGACAGUGUUGCCAUUGAUGGAGAACUGAAGACAUACUUUGACACUUUCGAGUUUAGUCUUAUUAAUGCCGUAGACCAGUCUGAGAACGUGGCAGACGUUGACAUCUCCGCUGAUGUAAACCGCCUCAACCACCAAGAAUUUUCCUACAAUAUUGACAUCACAAACAACAAUGGCAGAAAAGUACUAGGAACCAUCCGCAUCUUCUUGUGUCCUCUUAAGGACAGCAAUGGAGUCACCUUCACCUGGCAAGAGGGUCACUGGUUCUGCAUUGAGAUGGACAAGUUUUAUAAAUCACUUGCUCCCGGAACUAACCACGUUGUUCGCAAGUCCGUUGACUCUUCAGUAACAGUUCCUGACAGACCAAGCUUCGCCACACUGAAGAGGAAAACUGACCAGGCCGUAGCCAGCAGAGGCCGGCUUGACCUUCACGAGUUCGAACGGUCGUGUGGCAUCCCCAACAGACUACUCUUGCCUAAGGGUAAGGAGAGGGGAAUGGACUUCGCCUUGUUUGUGGGUGUGACCAACGGCGACGAGGAUAAGACCGUAGACAAUCCUGAAGAACUAGGCGCCACGCAUGCUCAGUGUGGCAUUCACGGAGAAAAGUACCCAGACAAGCGGCCCAUGGGUUACCCCGUCGACCGCAGAGUCCCAGACAAUCGCGUCUUCCUUGAGUCUCCCAAUAUCAAGAGAAUCUACGUCAAGGUCUUCCACGAUGCGCUCCACUAGAUUGAACCCAAUAAAAUGAACACCAGUUCAUUGAGCACCAUUAUAAUGAUCAUCGUUAGAAUUCAGUUGAUUUUUUUUCCAAAUUACUAUCUGCUUUUAUUGAUGACUAUUGAAUACACAGUUAUAAUUUGCAUAAUAUGCAUUAAUAUCUGAAACAUUGAGAGUUCGUUUCUGCUGACUUAUAUGCGUCACAAGAAUUUUCGAAAGCAAUCUUUAUCCAUUUACUCUGUAUACAUUUUUAACACUGGAAUACUUAGCCUGUAGAGGUAAUAGGCAAUGAGCUUAGAACUGCCAGCAGCGCUAAUUAUAUAUGUUUGUAUGAAAAUAAAGAGUUCACUCGCAGAGAGAGCCUGCAAAAGCCAUUUGCUGAAGCAGUACAGUAAUUUAACUAAUAAUUCUGUUGAGUUAGCAUGUCUAUACUUCCCCUUUCAGACUCUAUACUGUUUAACAUCAAUAAUACUCAUGAAAAUCAUACACAUAAUGAAUGCCAUCUCGUUAUGUACGUUGUUUAGUCAUCCAUAAAUACAUGUCUUGAAAUAUAUAAA